GCCGUCAAGUCUCCGCCUUUAUGACGCAUCUCCGCGCGACCUGGCUCCUGCUUUCUUACUCGGUUGUGGGUCCAUUCAGUUUGGGACGGGUUCCACGUGGAGGGGGAUUCCUAAGGAGCUCUUCUUUCUAGGGACCCAGUCUUCCUUCUUGAAGAAAAGAUAAAGGAAGAAAGGAUGGUGGCCGACUGCCUGACAAACUGCUAUCAGGACUCGGUGACCUUUGAGGAUGUGGCCUUGGACUUCACCCAGGAGGAGUGGGUUUUACUGGAUCAAAGUCACAGAGACCUUUACAGAGAGGUGAUGUUGGAGAACUAUGAGAACCUGACCUCCAUGGGAUGUGAGCUUGUCAAACCCAGUCUGAUCUCCAGGUUGGAAAACAAAGAGGAUUGGAGGACAGAGCAGAGAGGAGAUCCCCGAGAAUGGGAAAUGCAACUUAGCACCAGAGAGUCAACAUUUCAGCAUGGUAUUUUGACAGAACGAACUUCCAGUGGGGUACUAAUGGCGGAAAUCCACAGUGACUAUAAGCGUUGUGGAGAAAUCUUCAGUGAACACUCCUAUUUCAAGACACACAUGAAAACUCUAAAUUCAAGGAACACUUGUGACUCUGAUAAGGAUGGAAAACCCUUUCCUACUCUGAAGAUGAAAACUUCUACUGGACAGAAAUUUUCUGUGUUGAAUGAACGUGAAACAGCCUUUAGCCCAACUCCAAAUGUUGCUUACCAGAGAAUGGAGAUGCAGGACAAAUCUUUUGGAUGCAGUGACUAUCCCUUCCUUAGUAAGUCAUACUUUCAGACACAUGUGAGAAAUCACAAUGGGGAAAAGCUCUAUGAAUUAAAGCUAUUUUCAGGAGGUUUUCUUUAUUCCACAAGUGAGGCUGUGCCUUUUCAAAUGUAUACCAUCAAAGCCUACGAAUGUAAGGUUUGUGGGAAAGUCUUUGGAUACUCCUCAAAUCUUAAUAGCCACAUGCGAACCCACACUGGGGAGAAACCCUAUGAAUGUAAGGUUUGUGGGAAAGUCUUUGGAUAUUCCUCAAAUCUUAAUAGCCACAUGCGAACCCACACUGGCGAGAAACUGUAUGAAUGUAAGGAAUGCAAGAAGUCCUUCACUACUUCUUCAAGCCUAACAGAACAUUUUAGAAUUCAUACUGGAGAGAAACCCCAUAAAUGUAAGGAAUGUGGAAAAGCCUUCACAAAGCGCUCAGGCCUUGCUACACAUGUACGAACACACACUGCAGAGAAACCCUAUGUAUGCAAGGCAUGUGGCAAAUCCUUCAGCAUUUCUUCAAACCUAACCGAACACUUCAGAAUUCAUACUGGAGAGAAACCCUACCAGUGUGAGGAAUGUGGGAAAGCCUUCCAUGCUGCUUCCUACCUUCAUAAACAUGAAAGGAUUCACACUGGAGAGAAAACCUAUGAAUGUGAGGAGUGUGGGAAAGCUUUCCACACUUCCUCCAAUCUACGGAAACAUGUAAGAACUCACAGUGGAGAAAAACCUUAUAAAUGUAGGGAAUGUGGGAAAGCCUACAAAAGGUGUUAUCGGCUAACUGAACACUUGAAAACUCACAUGGUGGAGAAGCCCUUUGAAUGCAAGUUAUGUGGAAAAUCCUUUAGCAGUUCUGCCUGCCGGAAUAAGCACAUUCGAAUUCACACGGGAAUCAAACCCUAUAAAUGUAAGUACUGUGGGAAAGACUUCACUGUUUCUUCAAGUCUGACUGAACAUAUACGAACUCACACCGGAGAACGGCCCUAUGAAUGUAAGGAAUGUGGGAAAUCCUUCACUACAUCUUCAUGUCUGAUUGUUCAUAUAAGAACUCACACAGGAGAGAAACCCUACCAAUGUAAGGAAUGUGGAAAAGCCUACAAAAGGUGUUACCUGCUGACUGAACAUGUGAAAACUCACACAGGGGAAAAGCCCUUUGAAUGUAAUGUAUGUGGAAAGUUCUUUAGAAAUUCUUCAUGCCUUAAUAAGCACAUUCGUAUCCAUACUGGAAUAAAACCCUAUAAGUGUCAGUACUGUGGGAAAGCCUUCACCACUUCUUCAAGCCUGGCUGAACACAUCAGAACUCACACAGGGGAGAAGCCCUAUGAAUGUAGCGAAUGUGGGAAAGCCUUCACAACAUCCUCGAACCGAUAUCACCAUGCAAGAACUCAUGCUAGGGAGAAGCCCCAUAAAUAUCAGGAAUGUGGGAAAGCCUACAAUAGGUUUUACCUACUAAGUGAUCAUUUAAUGACUCACACUGGACAGAAACCCUUUGAAUGGGAACAAUGUCAGAAACCCUUUAGGAAUUCCUCACAUGUUAAUUGUCACACUGGAAUUUACCCUGGUGAGAAUCUUAAUUAAUGUAAGGAUUGAGGAGCAACCUUUAGUUUUGGUAGUUUAUUUGAAAGAUACUGAAAAUCUCUAUUCUCAAGAUCCUCUGUGAAUUCAGAAAUAUGUGAGGCUGUUGGAAUCUGACCACAAGGCAGCAUUGUAAGAACACACCCUUGCCUGCCAUGGUGGUGCAUGACUGUAAUCCCAGCACUUGGGAGGCUGAAGCAGGAGGAUCACUGAGAGUUUGAGACUAGCCUGGGCUACAUAGUGAGACCUUGUCUCAAAAAACAAGAACUCAUCCUGGUGCAAUAUGAUGUUACAAAUAUGAACAAUCCUCAGUAUUUCCUGGAAACUUAAUAAAUGUAUAAGGUCUUGCAGUAGAAAGUCAGCUGAUGUACAAGAUGUUGAAAAGUUGUAAUUCUGCUAAGUACUUUGAUCUUCCCUGUGAUAUCACAGCGAAGACCAACUUUCUUUUAAUGUAAGGAAGGGUACAAAGUCAUUUUGUAUUUUUAUUGUCGUACUACAGAUUGAACCUAGGACCUUAUGCAUGCAAGCUACCACUGAGCUACAUACCAAGACCUUUUUAUUUUGAGGUAGGGUCUUUAAGUUGCACAGGCUGGCCUUGAACUUGGGAUUCUCCCUCACCCUCUCAAGUAGCUGGGACCCAGCUACAAAGUUAUUUUCUAUGUGUCAUUCCACAAACUCAUAAACAUGGAGGUCUACAACCAAGACAGUGUUCCCAAUACAGGAAUAGCAUCCCUGUGUCGUGAAAUUUUGGAUGCUGACAGAGAUAUAGUCUCCUAGGUGGUUUAUUUUGAACAUUUGUGAUCCUCUCCUGAUUAUUCCUGGACUGAUAAGUCAGUCCUGUGUAACAAUAAUAUUCAACUCAAGUUGCUACACCUUGUAGGUUACACCUAGUCAAAACUGCUAUCAAGGACAUGGAUUUAUCUUAUCCUUCUACCUAUAGGAUUGAACCCAUACCACUGAGGUACACCCCCUACUCUUGUUUUACCAGUGUAGAUUCUAUGGAUAGUUUGUCAUACUCUUAGAGAUGAUUCACCUACAGAAGCUUACAGCAGCCAAUCUUUGAAUUUAAUACAGCUAUCAAGUUUAUUACAUUGUCUUUGUUCCUGCUUUACAUGUGACCCUUUCAGAUUAAAGAUCGGGGUGCUCAGGGCCAGGGAUUUAGCUCAGUGGUGAAUGGAGAAAGGCUGAGUGAAUAGCAGGUAGUGAAAGAGACCUCAAUUUCAUGACCUCAGUUUCAAUUUCAUAGAGGGAGUGAGUCAUACUCUACACCUAAGAAUGGGAAUUCCUGUAACAUUGGGGAAUACAAGAAGGGAGUGAGGGUUUUAAACUUUUUCUCUCUAGAUUGUCUCAGAUUGGUAAAACAAUCUUGAGCCAAGCAGCAGCUCCAACUGACAGUAAUACCUUCUUCUGAUUUGUCCUUCCGUAUACUGUAGUAAAAACUAUGAGCCAGGUGUGAUGGCACAUGCCUGUAAUCCCAGCCCUCAGGCUGAGGCAGGAGGAUUGCUGUGAGUUCAAGCCCAGCCUGGACUACAUAGUUCAAAGCCAACCUAAACUACAUAGGAACACCCUGUAUCCAAAGAAAAAAUCUACAAACACUGGUUGUCAUGUUCCCUGGUGCUAGAAACCAUCAUGGCACUUCGUGAAUGAGGCCUUUGGGUACAGACAUCCCCAGCACAACCAGAUUUCAGUCUCGAAGCAAAAUUUAUGUAUUGCUGAGCAACUUUGGGUUAUGUUGAUAUGACCAUAAGGGUUGUAGCUGUUUUCAUGGUUCUUUAGCCAGCUAGUGUGCUAUAAUCCAAAAUAAGGCAAACAAUAAAUCCUGAACAGAAGA